AUGACGACCAAGAUGCAUGCCGUGACGCAUUUUACCGGUAGAAGACUCAGUCCAAUCAGUCUCACUCCAUCCUCAACUAGAACUGAGGGUACCACAACAUCUUACACAUCUGAGGCAACUUCAAAUUCACCCAUCACAAAUGAACCCACCACAACGUCUGCUAUUGUUUCAACCACUAGUCUCACUUCAACUACUUCAAAUACAACUGAGGACACAACUACAUCUCUCCUCAUGACUACCACAACGGAAACAUCUACAACGACCUUACUGAUUUCAACUGCUACAACUGAAGUUUCCACAUCAGUAGGAACUUCAACUUCCUCUAUCACAAAUGAACCCACGACAACGUCUGCUGUUGUUUCAACCACUAGUCUCACUACAACUACUGCAACUACACCUGAGGAUACAACUACACCUCCCCUAACAAGUAUCACAAAGGAAACAUCUACAACACCCUCACUGACAUCAAAUGCUAUCACUGAGUUUUCCACAACAUCUUCAACAUUUGAGGCAACUUCAACUUCAGCUAUUACAAAUGAACCCACUACAACAUCUGCUAUUGUUUCAACCACUAGUCUCACUACAACUACUUCACCUAUACCUGACGACACAGCUACAAUUCUCCUAACAACUACGACAAAGGAAAUAUCCCCAACACCCUCACUGACAUCAACUGCUACAACUGAAGCUUCCACAUCAGAAGCAACUUCAACUUCCGUUACCACAAAUGAACCCACAACAACAUCUGCUAUUGUUUCAUCCACUAGUCUCAAAACAACUAUUUCAACUACACCUGAGGACACAACUACACCUCUCCCAACAACUACCACAAAGGAAACAUCUACAACACCCUCACUGACUUCAUCUACUACAACUGAGGCUACCACAACAUCUUCCCCAUCUGAGGCAACUUCAGCUAUCACAGAUGAACCCACUACAGAAUCUGCUGUUGUUUCAACCACUGAUCUCACUACAACUACUUCACCUAUACCUGACGACACAAUUACAUCUCUACUAACAAUUACGACAAAGGAAAUAUCCCCAACACCCGCACUGACAUCAACUGCUACAACUGAAGCUUCCACAUCAGAAGCAACUUCAACUUUACCUAUCACAAAUGAACCCACUACAACAUCUGCUGUUGUUUCAACCACUAAUACGAAAAAGGAAAUAUCCCCAACACCCUCACUGACAUCAACUGCUACAACUGAAGCUUCCACAUCAGAAGCAACUUCAACUUCCGUUACCACAAAUGAACCCACAACAACAUCUGCUAUUGUUUCAUCCACUAGUCUCAAAACAACUAUUUCAACUACACCUGAGGACACAACUACACCUCUCCCAACAACUACCACAAAGGAAACAUCUACAACACCCUCACUGACUUCAUCUACUACAACUGAGGCUACCACAACAUCUUCCCCAUCUGAGGCAACUUCAGCUAUCACAGAUGAACCCACUACAGAAUCUGCUGUUGUUUCAACCACUGAUCUCACUACAACUACUUCACCUAUACCUGACGACACAAUUACAUCUCUACUAACAACUACGACAAAGGAAAUAUCCCCAACACCCGCACUGACAUCAACUGCUACAACUGAAGCUUCCACAUCAGAAGCAACUUCAACUUCACCUAUCACAAAUGAACCCACUACAACAUCUGCUGUUGUUUCAACCACUGAUCUCACUACAACUACUUCACCUAUACCUGACGACACAACUACACCUCUCCUAACAACUACCACAAAGGAAACCUCUACAACACACUCACUGACUUCAUAUACUACAACUGAGGCUACCACAACAUCUUCCCCAUCUGAGGCAACUUCAGCUAUCACAGAUGAACCCACUACAGAAUCUGCUGUUGUUUCAACCACUGAUCUCACUACAACUACUUCACCUAUACCUGACGACACAACUACACCUCUGCUAACAGCUACGACAAAGGAAAUAUCCCCAACACCCUCACUGACAUCAACUGCUACAACUGAAGCUUCCACAUCAGAAGCAACUUCAACUUUACCUAUCACAAAUGAACCCACUACAACAUCUGCUGUUGUUUCAACCACUGAUCUCACUACAACAACUUCAACUACACCUGGGGACACAACUACACCUCUCCUAACAACUACCACAAAGGAAACAUCUACAACACCCUCACUGACUUCAUCUACUACAACUGAGGCUACCACAACAUCUUCCCCAUCUGAGGCAACUUCAGCUAUCACAGAUGAACCCACUACAACAUCUGCUGUUGUUUCAACCACUAGUCUCACCACAACUACUUCAACUACACCUGGGGACACAACUACACCUCUCCUAACAACUACCACAAAGGAAACAUCUACAACACCCUCACUGACUUCAUCUACUACAACUGAGGCUACUACAACAUCUUCCCCAUCUGAGGCAACUUCAGCUAUCACAGAUGAACCCACUACAACAUCUGCUGUUGUUUCAACCACUAGUCUCACCACAACUACUUCAACUACACCUGGGGACACAACUACACCUCUCCUAACAACUACCACAAAGGAAACCUCUACAACACACUCACUGACUUCAUCUACUACAACUGAGGCUACCACAACAUCUUCCCCAUCUGAGGCAACUUCAGCUAUCACAGAUGAACCCACUACAGAAUCUGCUGUUGUUUCAACCACUGAUCUCACUACAACUACUUCACCUAUACCUGACGACACAAUUACAUCUCUACUAACAACUACGACAAAGGAAAUAUCCCCAACACCCGCACUGACAUCAACUGCUACAACUGAAGCUUCCACAUCAGAAGCAACUUCAACUUUACCUAUCACAAAUGAAUCCACUACAACAUCUGCUGUUGUUUCAACCACUGAUCUCACUACAACUACUUCACCUAUACCUGACGACACAACUACACCUCUGCUAACAGCUACGACAAAGGAAAUAUCCCCAACACCCUCACUGACAUCAACUGCUACAACUGAGGCUACCACAACAGCUUCCCGAUCUGAGGCAACUUCAGCUAUCACAGAUGAACCCACUACAAUAUCUGCUGUUGUUUCAACCACUGAUCUCACUACAACUACUUCACCUAUACCUGACGACACAACUACACCUCUGCUAACAGCUACGACAAAGGAAAUAUCCCCAACACCCUCACUGACUUCAUCUACUACAACUGAGGCUACCACAACAUCUUCCCCAUCUGAGGCAACUUCAGCUAUCACAGAUGAACCCACUACAGAAUCUGCUGUUGUUUCAACCACUGAUCUCACUACAACUACUUCACCUAUACCUGACGACACAAUUACAUCUCUACUAACAACUACGACAAAGGAAAUAUCCCCAACACCCGCACUGACAUCAACUGCUACAACUGAAGCUUCCACAUCAGAAGCAACUUCAACUUUACCUAUCACAAAUGAAUCCACUACAACAUCUGCUGUUGUUUCAACCACUAGUCUCACCACAACUACUUCAACUACACCUGAGGACACAACUACACCUCUCCUAACAACUACCACAAAGGAAACCUCUACAACACACUCACUGACUUCAUAUACUACAACUGAGGCUACCACAACAUCUUCCCCAUCUGAGGCAACUUCAGCUAUCACAGAUGAACCCACUACAACAUUUGCUGUUGUUUCAACCACUGAUCUCACUACAACUACUUCACCUAUACCUGACGACACAACUACACCUCUGCUAACAGCUACGACAAAGGAAAUAUCCCCAACACCCUCACUGACUUCAUAUACUACAACUGAGGCUACCACAACAUCUUCCCCAUCUGAGGCAACUUCAGCUAUCACAGAUGAACCCACUACAACAUCUGCUGUUGUUUCAACCACUAGUCUCACCACAACUACUUCAACUACACCUGAGGACACAACUACACCUCUGCUAACAACUACCACAAAGGAAACAUCUACAACACCCUCACUGACUUCAUCUACUACAACUGAGGCUACCACAACAUCUUCCCCAUCUGAGGCAACUUCAGCUUCAGCUAUCAAAAAUGAACCCACUACAACAUCUGCUGUUGUUUCAACCACUGGUCUCACGACAACUACUUCACCUAUACCUGACGACACAAUUACAUCUCUCCUAACAACUACCACAAAGUUAACCUCUACAACACCCUCACUGACUUCAUCUACUACAACUGAGGCUUCCACAACAUCUUCCCCAUCUGAGGCAAAUUCAGCUAUCACAGAUGAACCCACUACAACAUCUGCUGUUGCUUCAACCACUAGUCUCACCACAACUACUUCAACUACACCUCUGGACACAACUACACCUCUCCUAACAACUACCACAAAGGAAACCUCUACAACACCCUCACUGACUUCAUCUACUACAACUGAGGCUACCACAACAUCUUCCCCAUCUGAGGCAACUUCAGCUUCAGCUAUCAAAAAUGAACCCACUACAACAUCUGCUGUUGUUUCAGCCACUGGUCUCACGACAACUACUUCACCUAUACCUGACGACACAAUUACAUCUCUCCUAACAACUACGACAAAGGAAACAUCUACAACAACCUCACUGACAUCAACUGCUACAACUGAAGCUUCCACAUCAGAAGCAACUUCAACUUCACCUAUCACAAAUGAACCCACUACAACAUCUGCUGUUGUUUCAACCACUAGUCUCACCACAACUACUUCAACUACACCUCUGGACACAACUACACCUCUCCUAACAACUACCACAAAGGAAACCUCUACAACACCCUCACUGACUUCAUCUACCACAACUGAGGCUUCCACAACAUCUUCCCCACCUGAGGCAAAUUCAGCUAUCACAGAUGAACCCACUACAACAUCUGCUGUUGAUUCAACCACUGAUCUCACUACGACUACUUCACCUAUAUCUGACGACACAACUACACCUCUCCUAACAACUACCACAAAGGAAACCUCUACAACACCCUCACUGACUUCAUCUACUACAACUGAGGCUACCACAACAUCUUCCCCAUCUGAGGCAACUUCAGCUUCAGCUAUCAAAAAUGAACCCACUACAACAUCUGCUGUUGUUUCAACCACUGGUCUCACGACAACUACUUCACCUAUACCUGACGACACAAUUACAUCUCUCCUAACAACUACCACAAAGUUAACCUCUACAACACCCUCACUGACUUCAUCUACUACAACUGAGGCUUCCACAACAUCUUCCCCAUCUGAGGCAAAUUCAGCUAUCACAGAUGAACCCACUACAACAUCUGCUGUUGUUUCAACCACUAGUCUCACCACAACUACUUCAACUACACCUCUGGACACAACUACACCUCUCCUAACAACUACCACAAAGGAAACCUCUACAACACCCUCACUGACUUCAUCUACUACAACUGAGGCUACCACAACAUCUUCCCCAUCUGAGGCAACUUCAGCUUCAGCUAUCAAAAAUGAACCCACUACAACAUCUGCUGUUGUUUCAACCACUGGUCUCACGACAACUACUUCACCUAUACCUGACGACACAAUUACAUCUCUCCUAACAACUACGACAAAGGAAACAUCUACAACAACCUCACUGACAUCAACUGCUACAACUGAAGCUUCCACAUCAGAAGCAACUUCAACUUCACCUAUCACAAAUGAACCCACUACAACAUCUGCUGUUGUUUCAACCACUAGUCUCACCACAACUACUUCAACUACACCUCUGGACACAACUACACCUCUCCUAACAACUACCACAAAGGAAACCUCUACAACACCCUCACUGACUUCAUCUACUACAACUGAGGCUACCACAACAGCCUCCCCAUCUGAGGCAACUUCAGCUAUCACAGAUGAACCUACUACAACAUCUGCUGUUGUUUCAACCACUAGUCUCACCACAACUACUUCAACUACACCUGGGGACACAACUACACCUCUCCUAAAAACUACCACAAAGUUAAUCUCUACAACACCCUCACUGACUUCAACUACAACAAAUGAGUCUUCCACACCAUCAUCCCCAUCUGAGGCAACUUCAGCUAUCACAGAUGAACGCACUACAACAUCUGCUGUUGUUUCAACCACUGGUCUCACUACAACAACUUUGUCUAUACCUGACGACACAAUUACAUCUCUCCUAACAACUACGACAAAGGAAAUAUCCCCAACACCCGCACUGACAUCAACUGCUACAACUGAAGCUUCCACAUCAGAAGCAACUUCAACUUCACCUAUCACAAAUGAACCCACUACAACAUCUGCUGUUUUUUCAACCACUAGCCUCACCACAACUACUUCAACUACACCUGAGGACACAACUACACCUCUCCUAACAACCACCACAAAGGAAACCUCUACAACACCCUCACUGACUUCAACUACUACAACUGAGGCUACCACAACAUCUUCUCCAUCUGAGGCAACUUCAGCUUCAGCUAUCAAAAAUGAACCCACUACAACGUCUCUGCUUCUUUCAACCACUGGUCUCACUACAACGACUUCAACUACACCUGAGGACACAAUUACACCUCCCCUAACAACUACUGCAAAGGAAACAGCUGCAGCACCCUCACUGACAUCAACCGCUACAACUGAAGCUUCCACAUCAGAAGGAACCUCUACUUCAGCUAUCACAAAUGAACCCACUACAACGUCUGCUAUUAUUUCAUCCACUAGUCUCACUACAACUACUUCAUCUAUACCUGAGAACAAACCUACAUCUCUCCUAACAACUACCACAAAGGAAACAACACUUUCGUCCAUAGCAUUUCCCUCUACAUUUAGCCUAACUUCACGUCCCACUACCACAACUGCACAUAUAGCUUCAUCUCUGUCUGCAUCAACAGUAUCUCCAAUUACUAUAUCUCCAGUAUCUACAAUAUUGACGACAUCUCCAGCUGCAACAGCUGUUAUUACAGCUGCUACUGAACCAAUUAUAUUAGAGCCACUUACCACAGUACUCACCACAACUCCAGCUCCAACAAGGGCCACAACUGAAACUACCACUACAACAACCACAACAUUAGCUCCCACUACAAUUACCAUACCUACCACCACAACUCGAAAAACAACCACUACAACUACCACAACCACCACUACAACUACAACUACCACAACCACCACUACAACUACCACAACAACCACUACAACUACACACCUGUGUUAA